UGUCCGCCAUUGUCCCUCGUUUGAUGUGUUGACCACCAACGACCGCUUUCCCUUCAACCGUGCCUAUUUGUUUCUUUACUACUAUUCAUUGCCGUCUCAUUGCCAUUGUUUUGGUUAGCAAACACACUGUUGGACUCCCUUGAAUAUCUUCUCGCCAAGUCCAGCGUUGUCUUGAGAGUCCCGAGACUCAAGUCCUCUUCACCCGCUGAUACUACAACCCGUUACCCUUCGUUUCUCUGCUCGCUGGCGGCACCUAGACGCAUUUCCUCUUCUGAAGCUCCUUGAUAGGAACACAGACCAGCAUGAAGUUCACCAAGUCUCUCAAGCCCCUGGCGGUGGGGUCUGCCACCAUCUCUGCCAUAGCUCCCACGCAGUUGAACAUUAGUGAUACAGCUUCGAUCAAGGGCGUAGCCAAGACCAUCGCCGCUGACGCCAUGUCGUACUACCCGGGCAACGCCGAGAAGUUCGCAGAUCUCCCUGCGCCACACUACUGGUGGCAGGCCGGUGCCUUGAUGGGCACCAUGCUGGACUACUCGCACUACACGGGUGACACGAGCUACGACAAGGCCAUCGCCACGGCGCUGUUGGCGCAGGUGGGACCCGAGUUCGACUACAUGCUGCCGUCCAAGUAUGGCCAAGAAGGAAACGACGACCAGGCCUUCUGGGGAUUUGCCGUCAUGGCGGCUGCCGAGAGGAACUUCCCGCACCCGGAUGAGAAGGUCCCACCCUAUCUGCAGCUGGGCUCGAACCUGUGGAACUCGCUAGCUUCGCGGUGGAACACGACCGCGUGCGGCGGCGGUCUCCUGUGGCAGAUCUUCGCCUCGAACCCGAACGGGCUGGACUACAAGAACACGAUCAGCAACGGCGGCUUCUUCCAGAUCUCGGCACGGCUGGCGCGCGCCACCGGCAACAACACGUACCUGGAGUGGGCCGAGAAGGUGUGGGACUGGACCGAGGGCGUCGGCCUGAUCGACAGCGACUUCAACGUGCACGACGGCGCCAGCUCCAGCAAGGAGUGCAAGGACAUCAACCCGGUCACCUUCUCGUACAGCGCGGCCGUGUACAUCUACGGCGCGGCCGUCAUGGCCGACGUCACGGGCGACCAGAAGUGGGUGCAGCGCACCGAGAAGCUGCUGCAGGCCUCGCGCUCCUUCUUCUCGCCCUUCGACAACGCCACCAACAUCAUGUACGAGCACGCGUGCGAGCAGGUCUUCACCUGCAACACCGACAUGCGCAGCUUCAAGGGCUACUUCUCGCGCUUCGUGUACGCCGCGAGCCUGUUCGUGCCCUCCAUCCAGCCGACCAUCGACGAGCUGUGGCACACCUCGGCGCAGGCGGCCGCCAAGGCCUGCUCCGGGGGCGAGACGGGCACCAAGUGUGGCCAGAAGUGGUACGUGGGCGGCUUCGACGGCAUCACGGGCCUCGGCGAGGAGAUGUGUGCUCUCGAGACCAUCCAGGGCCUGCUCGUGGGCGAGUCGAAGCCGCCGCUGAAGGGAGGCGAGAUCAAGGUCGUUCGUACGUUUGCCUCCGCGCCGGCUAAGCGCGGGCGCUAUGAUGUCCGUCUAUUGUAGUAGACAUGACGGCGGGCUUGAAGGUCUUUUUCGCUUGGGAUGAUUCCCGUACUCCUUAUGUUACGUUCUUCUGUAUAUAGCUUUUUCUUUUGGGCAUUCCCGGUCCGGUACCUAGGUGCGGACCGUGGCUUCUUUUUG